GUUUUGGUAUGACAACCCCUAGAACGAUACCCGGAAAAAUCGUCCUCGUCUUCUACGGCUUCUUCGGUUGUGCGGGCGCCAUCCUGUUCUUCAACUUAUUCCUGGAACGAAUCAUCACCUUCCUGGCAUACAUCCUCAAGGCGAUCCAUGAAAGAGGUCACAGAAGCAAAGAUAAGGCUAACAGUAGACGCCGUUCCAGCCAAGGAUCGGUUGAUGAGGAGUUGGAUUCUUGGAAACCUUCUGUUUACUGGGUGAUGUUGAUACUAUUGCUGGGAGCAUUAGUUGUUGCUCUGAUCGCCUCGGCCAUGUACCACCCUGUUGAGAACUGGACGUAUUUUGAAGCUAUGUAUUUCUGUUUUGUGGCGUUUGCUACCAUUGGAUUUGGAGAUUAUGUGGUGAGCCAGAAAGCGGAGUAUCCUAACAUCGUGCUUUACCGAUUAGGAAAUUUUAUUUUCAUCGUUUUAGGUUGUUGUUGCGUCUACAGUCUCUUUAAUGUGACAUCCAUCGUUAUAAAGCAGGUGCUGAACUGGAUCUUACGACAGCUCAACUGCCAAUGCAAAAUACGCCGACCUUCUUUGACCCUGGCAACUACGGGACUGUCCAAAACUCCAACAGUGACAGUCACAGAUGUUGAAGUGGACAGCGACUCGGAAUAUCGGCGCAAUUCAGGGGAGAUGAUUUCUAUGAAAGACUUUCUGCAGGCCAACAAAAUCAGCCUGGCCAUGAUGCAGAAAGAACUUUAUGAAACAGCCCAGCGAUGUUCCUAUAACAAUAACGAUAAUGGCUUUCAAGGAGGGGUAGGACCUUUGGCCAUUUUGAAUAGAAAACUGGGUCAAGAUGAAUACGACCCAGCCGCCUAA